CACAAAGUAGUGAAGCAGAGCCAACUCAGUACCAUCUUAGUACCCUCACUCAAACUCCUACCUGCUGCAUUAUCAUUCAUUCCUGGCACCUCAAAGCAAAGCCACAGCUUUCUAAAUCAACCAUUAGUGUACGAUAUUCUCUACUGGAUACAUGAAUAAGUAUAACCUUUAAUUGCCAAAAGUGCAUGUGAGUGGAAAGCUGAGAUUUGACAUUGAAGUGUCUGUCACUCAUGUGGUUGAGCUUCCAUGGAAUUUGCACAAUAUGCUUGUUUAUGAGCUGAAUUCACUGAAUUUAGCGAAAAUAAGAUCUGGGAUUUUCUCUAAGGUCUUUUCUUGAGGUGGGUUUUGGUUCUCUUAAGCUCCCUGAGGAAUUUUGCUGGUUGUGGUUAAAUUUUGAUGUUUUUGCUCUCCUUUAACUGAGAUCUGUGAACUCGGCAAAGCUUUUGGCUUUUUAGUUUUUGUGAGUUUUGGUUGUUUGGGCUGAAAAGGUUGGAUUUUUUGGGGAAAUUGGGAGCCUGGAGUUGGAUGGAAUGUGGUCGUUGACAAGUUGAUACAUAUGAAGCUCCUGAUUGCAUAUGCGCGCUUUUGGGUAUGCUGGGUGAGGAAAUUCAAGAACUGAUGAAGCUUAAAUCUAUCGUCUUUUAUAGUGGAACUGGUUUUGGUUGAAGAUUUUUGAGAGGCACAAAAAGCACAUUUUUGAUCAAUUAUCAACUAUGAAGUGUUAUCUCUUGAAUCCUUCCUAAAAAAGCUGGUCGGUAGGUGGUGGUGGUGGUAGUGGUGGUGAGGGGGCUGUGUCUAUAUAUUCCCUGCAUGGAGAUUUUUGUGUGUUUGGAGGAGGCAAAGUGGAGGACUUACCGGGGGUUGCAGUAAAAGGUGGUCACUGAAAGAAGGUCUAGUGCAGUAAGUGCAAUACUCUGGUGUGGGGUUAAGGAACUUUCUGGUGAGUGAUUUGGAUUAGCUAUUGUGGCUUCAGAGUUUCUUGUUGAAACUACAGAAAUGAGGCUCUCUCCUGCUGGUUUCACCCAGCAACCUCCUGAAGGGGAAAAGAGGUGCCUGAAUUCUGAACUUUGGCAUGCAUGUGCUGGUCCUCUUGUUUCCCUACCUGCUAUUGGGAGCCGCGUGGUAUAUUUUCCUCAAGGUCAUAGCGAGCAGGUCGCUGCCUCAACCAACAAGGAAGUUGACGCUCAUAUACCUAAUUACCCAAGCUUACCACCACAAUUAAUCUGUCAACUUCACAAUGUCACUAUGCAUGCCGAUGUGGAGACAGAUGAGGUCUAUGCUCAAAUGACCUUGCAACCCCUGAGUCCUCAAGAGCAAAAGGAGGCUUCCUACCUUCCUGCAGAUUUGGGUUCUCCCAGCAAACAGCCAACAAAUUACUUCUGCAAAACAUUGACUGCAAGUGAUACAAGCACUCAUGGUGGUUUUUCAGUUCCUCGCCGUGCAGCUGAAAAAGUUUUCCCUCCGUUGGAUUUCUCCCAGCAACCUCCAGCCCAAGAGUUGAUUGCAAGAGAUCUGCAUGAUAAUGAAUGGAAAUUCAGGCAUAUUUUCCGAGGCCAGCCAAAGAGGCAUCUUCUCACUACAGGUUGGAGUGUAUUUGUAAGUGCAAAACGGCUUGUUGCAGGGGAUUCAGUCCUUUUCAUAUGGAAUGAGAAGAACCAGUUACUUUUAGGUAUUCGACGUGCUAAUCGGCCACAGACUGUGAUGCCUUCUUCAGUUUUAUCAAGUGUUCAGGAGGGACUCAAGAAAUUCACAAUUCAUGAUCAAGACAAUGCUCCACUGGAAGACAAUUCAAAGGAUAAUCAAACUUUGAAAGAAAAUGACAAAGAUGAUGAUACACCUAGGUAUCUUUCAAGAGUUUGGAAGUUUGCUCAAAAUUAUUCCAAGGAGUUUAUCAUUGGUGAUCCAUCCGAGAAGGUUAGAACUCGCUCCUCCACUAAGAAAUUGAUAGAUAAUUUUGAACCUAAAAAUAUUGUUGAUAUCUUGAAAGAUGAAAACUGUAUUAUGGCCAUGGAAGAGAAACUAAAUCAAUUUGAAAGGAGUAAGAUUUGGACACUAGUUUAA